UAAAAAAUAUUUUUUUUUUUACGUAAAUAAAAUCUCUAAUUUUGAAUUGUAUAUAAUGAUUUUGAUGAAAGUUCGAAUAUAAUAAAUCAAAGCUAUAAAUAAACCAUAGACAUGUCAAAUACCGUAAAUGGCGGCGGAAACCGUAGGAGAUCCUACGUGCUUACAUGCGACGAGGAUGAGGAAGGAAUUCCAAUCUCUUCCAGUACAUCAUUCAAACAAUUUACCACACCAAUUACCGAUAUAUAUCAAAGUGAUGGAACGUCUUCCACGAUGGUCAAAGAAUCGUUCGAUCGAUUGGCCAAUUCCCUGCAAGUUCCUGCGCAAAGAGAUGGCCCUCACAAGAGAGUUAUAAUGGCUACCGAUUCGGGUAACCUGUCAGAGGAAGAUGAUCCUCUCAAUCAACGAAGGGAUGAAAGAAAUGCUUCGCCCCUCAAAGACGUUUGGGAUUUAUUAGUGCUGGGAUUACCUUUAGAUAAUUUAAGUGAAAAUACUCGUAAAGAGUUGAGCCUCGCGCAAGCCAGAUAUGACAGCGGCUCCGAAAAGCAGGCCCCAAAAUUGAUAGCGAAGUUGAAAAAACAAAUGGAUACCGUGAUAGCGAAUUUCGAUAAAAUGAACAAAGACCACGAAACUGUCAAGGAAGAACUCGAUAAAUCGCUAACGCUGGAGUGCGAAUUGGCCUACCAGUUAGAAGCGGUAGAGGACGCGAUUAACGAUAUAGAAUUUGGUCCAGAAAGCGAUAUAUACAAAAGGUACAACAAAACGCUGCCCACCAUAGCCAACACAAAUUCACCGCCGACGAGCAAGAAAAGUAUUGGCGUGGUCGAUAACGAGUUUCUAACUUGCCUUCUAAAAUCGUUGGACUCUUACCUCAAAGCUCACCCGGAGGAUAUAUCUUUAAAUGUCAACAAAGCUUUGGAUACCAAUUCCUUGGAAGAAGAAAAGGAAUUCCUGAAACUCUACAAAACUUUACUGUCAGACCUCGAGGUCAUGGAUAAAAAGUUGGGCAGCUUCGAGAAAAAGAUCGAAAAAAUAAGCCAAGAAAUCAAGGCCCUAGACGCGACCAACGAAAGGCUCACCGAAAAUAAUGAAAGAUUGAAAAGGGACGUCACCCGCAGGAGGUUCGAGGAAGGGGAAGAUAAAUUAUUAUUCGUGACUUCGAAGGAAAAUUUAAACAAGAGCAACAAAUAAAAAGUGGGAACAAAAAGGGAACACCCAUUUCUUCUUCUUUUUUUUUUGUUAAAA